CUUUUACCUGGUGGAGUGGCUUUUAGGUGUAGCUUGCCGUGUUUAACUCCGGGGCACCCUAAGUAUUUCUACCUACCUAGGUUUCUUAAUGCUUCAAACACCUUACAUCAUUAACCACCAUCAGUUCAAAAUGUCAGCUUCACUAGCUCCAGAGUGCAACGAGGUUAAGGAACGGUAUGAUACGUGUUUCUUAAAAUGGUACAGCGAAAAGUACCUUCGAGGCCAGGAAAAGGACAACAAGGAAUGUGCAGGCAUGUUCAAAGAAUACCAAAACUGUCUCAAGGUUGCUCUAAAGGAUCGAGGUGUGGAUAAAUUAGUGGAAGAGGCCCGGGAAGAAAACAAAGAGAACGAUCUAAAGCACCUUGGGCCGAGAAAAUAACAUACAUCGUGUACUGGAGAGCACGGCGUCCCGGAUGAAGAAAAUAUGAUUGUUCGGAGCUUAGGUGAAUAAGAGCCCCAGAUAUACCUGAUGCAUAUACUCUCUCUACUCAACUCCCAUAUAAUUCCUGCUGCCUGGCAAUUCCUCCUCCCCGUUCCAUAUCAUGCUCCUAUCGUUUUUGCCUACCAUCGUCAUCGCCUUGAAGGAUGCGGAAUCAGGCCGCUCACACGUGAUCUUGAUUGACUGGUGACCCACUGU